AUGUCUCCAGCGGUCGUGCUUGAUUCCCCAGCCAUGAACAUGCACCUCGCGUCCCUCUCCAGGAUGCAGUUCAACGGUCACAUCCACACGCCACCCGCAUCGGAUCACUCCAGACAUGACCAGUCACCUACCUCCCCGACGUCCCCCAGUUCGCCGUCUCUCCAAGCGCAGCAACCCCGGAACGGCUCCGCGCCCUAUCCCAUUGAUCCUGCUCUGAGGGAGCGCAACGCGGACAAUAUCGAUCCCGCACUCACGCAGAAUACUUUUAUUCCGAGUACCUCUCCGAGCUCUAACUCUUCUCCGCCGCUGUCCUGCGCAAACUGUGGUACCUCCUCCACCCCAUUGUGGCGCAGAGAUGGUGACGGCAAGUCCAUCUGCAACGCCUGCGGUCUCUACUACAAGUCUCGCCGCAUGGCUCGCCCCUCCACUCUCGGACGCACGUCCACCGCUCCUUCCGCGACGCAUCCCAACGCCAACCCGGUCACCGCGAGCUCUCCUGUCUCCAAACCUGCUUACGCUCAGAACGGCAACCGCCAGAUGUCCGCAUCGCCCCCGCCUAUGCUUACUCCGGCAGCGUCACCUCCCUCGGCAUCUCAGAACCAGAGCCAAAACGCUCCCCCUGGUGCUGAGCAAAAAGCAGCGGGACAAGCUCAGAAGGGACAUCUUCCGGGUACGUGCCCCGGAGAUGGGCGAUGCGACGGUACCGGAGCGCGCGUAGAGGUCGAGACGACAAAUGGUCAAGCUCCGGCGCCCGCGUCGCCAGUUGUGGCUUCCGCGGGGCCAACUGCGCCCCCACAGAUCAGCGAAGGAGAGCAGCCCCCGGCGGAGGGAUCGCCGGUCAUCUCUCAGGCGGGCAACAGCCGCUCACGGAUGCGGAGCACGGUAGGGGCGUUGAGUUGCGCCAACUGUGGAACAAGCACGACCCCGCUAUGGAGACGUGACGACGUCGGGAACAACAUCUGCAACGCAUGCGGACUGUAUUUCAAGCUGCACGGCACUCACCGGCCGAAUUCGAUGAAAAAGACGGUCAUCAAGCGGCGCAAGCGCGUCCCGGCAGCCUCCGGGCCCCCUGGUUCACCCACGCAGCAAGAUCGCAUGACCGACCAGGCGGCAGCGGAGGUCCUGGCGAGCGUUGGCCGUGGGCACAGCGGUACUAGUGUGGGGGCAGGCGGAACCUUGGAGGAGAGCGAGGAGGAGCCUCCUCGGCGCAAGCGCGCGCGUAAGAGUCGUGGGAAGGAGGUGAGAGAGGACGGGAUGGAGGUGGACGACGACGAGGGGGACGAGGAAGACUCUAGCAAGACAGCAGUCCCGAAGAGGGGGCGUCGCAGUACGGGCGCUCGCGCUAAUCAGCGCCGUACCGACUCGCGUGGUGGUGCGUCUACAGGGAUGGGUUGGCAGAUGGACACUGGUCCGUCUUCCCCCGAGCACGUCCGCUCCGCGUCCAACCCCCGUGCGCAGGAGCUGGACCGUUAUGGCGCGGGCGCACCGCGCGGCAACCCGUUCUCGCCCAAUCCACAUGGCGGCUUCGACCUCCCCCCUCUGAACGCCGCACUCGGGAACGGCGAGAUGCAGGUGCAGAUGCCGAUGGGGAUGUCGCUUGGGAUGGGCAUGCCCGGCGCGCACUAUGGCGGCCCUCCCGGUUACGCGCGCUCUGGCUCGCAGGGCGCGGGCGGGCCUAGCAGGACACAUUCCCCCCUCGCGGGCCCGGGCAUGGGCGCGCCAGGCGGGGGGUACGUCCUCCCUCCCCCUCACAGCCUCGCGCAUGGGCACCAUGUGCUGAACCACGGGCACCACGCGCCGCUCCCUCCCCCACCGGGAUUCUACAAUCCGGCAAACCCGCAGGUGCCGUCGGUGGGCGAGCUGGAGCGGCAUUACUUCGAGUUGCAGGAGCAGCGGCGGAAGUACCAGGAGAUGAUGGAGCGGACGGAUUAUAUGAUGGCGGGUGUGAAGCGCGGGCUGGAGGAUAUGCGCGGGGCGGCGGCGGUCGCGGUGGCGGCGGCGGGGGGUCAGCAGCAGGGCCCACCGCCGACGCAGGUGACAGCACAGCCGCACGUGCAGGGACAGCAAGCGCAAGGUAAGGGUCAGCAACAAGGUCAGCAACAGGGUCAGCAGCAAGGACAGGGACAGGCGGUGCCCAUUGGGAGAUCGCCGAGUGGUAGCGGGCGGGAGAGCGUGUGGCCGGUCGCGCCUCCCGAGUCUUCGCGGGAUUAG